AUGAAUGAACAUACUACAAUAUUUUAACAUGGUGUAGUAAGUAGUAAGUGUAGUAAGUGAUGUCAUGGUCUAGCAAGAUAUACUGUGGAUCACACUGGAGUGGUAAUGGAAUCUGUUGUCAUGCUGCUCAUGCUAUCUGAUGAUUUUGGAAAAAAAACUCUUAGGACUAUGUCUUGGCUUAAUUUUUGCCUUUUAAUAUUCCCAUGUUCUCACAUGUUUUGUACCCUCUACAAUGCUGUUUUUACUGGACCACAUAGUAUCUGUAUGCACAGUAGCACAUGUCAGGUGUAUCUGUGCACGUCUACCAGUAAUGGAUUGGGUUUCAGGUCGAGAAGAGAACCAUUGAAGUGGAAAGAAGGUAACAGAGCAUGUAUCAGUGCAAAGAUGCACACUGAAACUAGUGAUUUUUUUUACAUGUGUACUGCAAAGAUAAUCCAAGGAGACAUCAAAGGUGAAUAAAAAUAAAGAAGUUGAUCAUGCAGAAAAUAAUGCGACUGCUGCCCCCCUCCCACCCGCCUCUCACGAAUGGGAAAAACACUCUUCGUGGACCCAGGUUGAUGAGAGCAGAAGGGAAGAGCUGUUGAGAUGGUCAGAUGGAGAGAAAAAUAGAGACAAAGAUUGGUAUCACUUGAGAGAGAGGAGGGUAUUGGCAAGGUGAAGGGAGGGAGCUGGAUGACUAACAUUGAAAGCACUGAUAGAGCGCCAAAGGCAAGAAGGAAGACAUCAAGCGAGGGGAGUGGAAAGAGGGAGAGGCUGAAUAGAUGGUGCGAUGAAUAGAGGAGGACGAGGCAGAGACGUGACAGAGAGAGGAAGAAGAGCGGGACAUUGGGAUAUUGCAAAUGAUAAAACAACAUUGGUGUGAAGAGAAGAGCUGGCCAUCACAGAGUUAAGACAUAAGAAAGUCUCUUCAGGAUGACUUGCAAAUUCGGAGAGAAAAUCACCUGUCAUGUUUUUUCUUCUUAUGUUUUUUCAGAUUGUGACUGCAGCGUUUUGCAUGCCUGCACUGUUUGACCUUAGUCAGCGAGCAGAGUGUGACUGCAGGGAAAAGGAGGGAAGCAUAAAAGGGAGUGUCUACGGGUACAACUAGUAAAGUAGACUAUUAGCUGAGGGAGUUGUUGCAUCAAUAGGGGACAGAUCGCUUUAUCUUGCCCUCCCACUUACAAAAAUGUUAUUGUCUUGCAUGUCUCAACUGGAAGUACUAAGCAGUCUGAAGAUUGGACUGGACUGAAGAUUUUAGAUAUUUAUUUGGAUUUUUGAUAACAAUACUCCUCUCGGAGCGAUGGAUAUGUCAGGCAACCCUAAAGGGAGUCCUGGAAGUGGUCCUGGGUUGGGAGACCCUCGGAUGGUGGAGGUUAGAAUGGGGGAGAGAGACCAACCAUUAAGGAUGUCACCCUUCCGUAUGCUUCGAAUGCUUGAUUCAUGCCGCACUCCGGGAAGUCGUAUUGGUAUUGUCCAUGAGAAUGUGAAGAUGGGUUCAGACGGGGAGAGCGAUCAAGCUUCCGGAACGUCCUCUGAUGAGGUCCAGAGUCCAGUCAGGGUCCGUAUGAGGAACAACCACCACCGACGCAUCUCUAAUGAGGACAUAAAUAAACGUCUGUCUCUCCCAGCUGAUAUCAGGCUACCGGAGGGCUACUUAGAGAAGUUUGCCAUGAACAGCCCGCCCUUUGACAAGCCCAUGAGCCGCAGGCUACGACGCGCUUCAUUGUCUGAAAUUGGCUUCGGAAAACUUGAGACCUACAUCAAACUAGACAAAUUAGGGGAGGGAACAUAUGCUACUGUUUUUAAGGGGCGAAGCAAACUAACAGACAACUUGGUAGCUCUGAAAGAGAUCCGACUGGAGCACGAAGAGGGUGCACCGUGCACGGCCAUCAGAGAAGUGUCUCUACUGAAAGACUUGAAGCACGCCAAUAUUGUCACUCUCCAUGACAUUAUCCACACUGACAAGUGCCUGACACUCGUUUUUGAGUAUCUAGAAAAAGAUCUGAAACAGUACAUGGAUGACUGUGGAAGCAUAAUGAGUGUACACAACGUCAAGAUCUUCCUAUUCCAGUUGUUGAGAGGUCUUGCCUACUGCCAUCGAAGGAAGGUCCUCCACAGGGACCUCAAACCCCAGAAUCUACUCAUUAAUGAGAAAGGGGAGCUGAAACUCGCAGACUUUGGUUUGGCACGCGCCAAGUCUGUCCCCACAAAGACCUACUCAAAUGAAGUAGUGACUUUAUGGUACCGACCUCCAGAUGUGCUUCUAGGCUCCACUGAGUACUCUACGCCCAUAGACAUGUGGGGCGUAGGCUGCAUCUUUUAUGAAAUGAUCACUGGAAGGCCUCUUUUCCCUGGAUCAACCGUGGAGGAUGAACUUCACCUCAUAUUUCGUAUCCUCGGCACCCCCACAGAAGAAACCUGGCCUGGCAUCAGCACCAGUGAAGAGUUUAAGACAUAUAAUUUCCCCAAAUAUACUGCAGAACCGCUUGUUAACCACGCUCCUAGGAUAGACAACGAUGGUCACGACCUCCUCUCAGUGCUCCUGCAGUUCGAGGCAAAAAAGCGAGUGUCAGCCGAGGAUGCUCUCAGACAUGCAUAUUUCAGAACUCUUGGCGAGCAGGUUCAAAUCCUGGCUGACACUGCGUCAAUCUUCUCUGUAAAAGGUGUUCAGCUCCAAAAAGACCCUGGGAAGAGAACCUCAGUCUACCCAGAGUCAACGAUGGCCCAUAAGCUAGGCUCCGCACCCUCGCAGUACUUCCAGAGAGAAGCAGCCAAUCCCAGGCCUCAGAGUCACAAUCUGUCCUCCACUUCUACUGGCUGAGUGGCCGCUAACAUUCUGCUCAGGGGAAGGGCAGACGACAGAGUGUGUUGUUCUAGCCGUGUUGGAUGGUCCCAGAAGCAAGGAAGUCCGUGACUGAAGGAGCUUACCGUUCUGACACAAACUUUCAGCGAUCAUACCACGCGCAGUGAAGGACCGACACACUCACAUUCAAAGAAAAAUGAUUCCCAUGUCCACAUAGAAAUGUGAACAGAACAGAUGUGGGACUGAAAAUUUCAUACACAACUCAAGAAUAAUGCCCCCGAGGACAGGAAAAAAGACAAAUCUGAAAUUUGUCUAAUCACAAAGGAGAAUAGUGGGAGUUUGUGAUUUUCCAUGCUGCUAUUACUGCUGCUGUCCAGAUGAGGGCAGUGCUAAUGUUGGCCAGAACCGAACUUAAACUUGAAGAAAGAGUAAUGACAUUGGCCCGAAUUCAUCUGAACUUCCUCAAUCUUUCUCUUCCCACUCUCUUGGACUAUUGCUGUACAUAAACAGACUGAGCUCUUUUGUCAAGGAAUGCCUCAGCCUCAAUUCAAACUAAAAAUAUUGCACCUCACCUUGACCCUUUAUUAUAUAAUCUCUAAAAGACACACGGAAACACACACAAAUACACACAUAUUAGCUUCAUUUUCUAGCUCCAUGUCGCUGGCUUUUGCGCACACACAAACGCUACCACUUUUAUUUCACUUGAAAGUCCAGUGUGUGUAUCAGUGGAGUUUACAGAGAUGAAAUUUAGCACCUUAUUACUGUCCUGUAGAGGUCAGGGACACUGUCAAUAUGGUACUUUACCUCAUCUGUCCGAGUUGGGUUGUAAGUACGCCGGAGAUAUUAGGGUAUGAUGAAUCUAAAUGAUAAACCAAAAAAUAAAACCACUUAUUAUUGGAAGUCAUUCUAAUCAUUGACACUGUAAAGCUCCAGUAAACAACUUGUUAGGACAAUGAGUUCAAGAAAGUGUACAAGUCCUCACCUGCUUAUCCUUAGAUACCCUUUGCCUUGACUCACAACUUAUUGUGUUUGAUACUACAGGCGUUGUUGUUGAACUGUUCUUUGCACCUAAUUUUACCUCUUUGGAUCACUAGUAGUUGAUUCAACAUCCCAAUCCUCUCCAGACCAGCAGCUCCAUGUGCAGUGUCUAUUUUUACACUUGACUUUAUUCCUAUUUGUAUAUAAGAUCUUACUUUGUACUUCUCAGAAGCAAUGGUAUUUCCAACAAAUGGUAUUUCUCAGUCUUUGCUGUGCUCCCGCUGUUAUAGUUGGCCACUGGCUGGGAACGUGUUGCACAUUCCUUGAGCUCAGGACUUAAUUGCUUGUGUUGUUUUGUGGGUGCUGCAAGGUGUUGGCUGAACCUCUGUGAAUCCCUAUUAGAGCAGAAAAUGUUGCCCCCAAUUCCUUUGCAAGGCUUUACUUAUGAAGUAUAUUUCUGCAUUGAUGCACCAGUUUUGUGUGUUCCCUAUUUUCUGUUCUUUAGACUCCAAUCAGACUACCUAGUUUAUAUCUUAUCCAUCUCAAAGUAUGUUUGUGCAUUCCACAUGUCCAUGUAUCCAUAUGGUAUGUUAAAUUGCAGGAAAAGGAACAUCACCUGUGCGAGGUUGCAUGGCAUGUAAGCUAAUAAUCAUUGCUGACAUUGACCCCAACAAAAUGAAAAAAGGAUUUGACAACAAUGUGAUUUGGUGCUUUGGGACCAGAUAACAACUUGAGUGUAUUCUGUACACAUUAGUCUGUAGAAGCAGAUCGCCGGGUCGUUAACGGGACUUGAAGCCCUCUGACACAAUGUUGUUUUGUAUUUCUUGCUGCCAGGAACCUCCAAGCACACAAAUGCUUCACACACCAAUAAAUCCACCCAUCAACAUGUACUGUUUUGCUGAGAUGGAUUAUGAGUAUACAAGUAGAUUGGAGUGUCACGUUUGUCUGGCGCUGAACUGGGAUGGCCUUGGACCGAGACGCCAUCCCAGUUCCGUGCCGGCUGGGGCACUCCCCAACUAAGUGCGUGGCAGUAUGUAGCAUGUACAUAGAUGAUCGCUCACUUUGUAAAUAUAGAGAAGUGUAUAGGUUUGAUACAGCUAUUCACAUUCUGACCUUUUGUGUUUGUUUAAUGGAAGUCAUAGCAAUAUUUCUGUAAUCAAUUAAAAGCCAAGAUAGGGAGUAAUAAUGGGAUGUUGAUUAUAAAAAGGGGUGACUGUGAAUGAUUAAACUGUGAGUCUUGAGAAAGAAAGCGAGAAGGACAUUGGUCUUAUUUUUUUGCUGUUUAACAUGCAAACAGUUUUGAUUAAUUGGAUUUUAGGAAGAGUCGCUAAAAAAACACCUAUUUUUGGGUGAUUCCAGUGAAAGCCAUAAUGGUAAGGUGAUGAAGGUCUUGUGCUGAGUUUUUGCUAAAGGAGUAAAAAGAGACAUGACACCACGUUAUAAAAUAAAAAUUGUGU